AUGCUUCGCAUUCGGCGUGGGCUAGGCUCUUCAGCCAGUUUCGCACACACUUGUCGACCUCACAUACGAUAUCCCCGGCAAUGGACACCCCUCCGAUCGUUUGCGACAGACCCCAACCUGGACGAUGCCUCGUUACCGGAACAUGCCAGCAAGGCAGGCAUAGAAAAUGCACCGGAAGCGAAUAGUCAGGAGUCUACCCAUAGAAGAAUCGCAACUGACGACGCCAACUUCAACGAAGCAUUGGAUGUAGUUCGACGAGUUUAUGGUGUUGAUAAGAAACAAAAGAAUGAGAAGAAUGAGGAGAAGCAGCCCGACUCUCAGCACCAAGAUGAAGCUUUCAACACUGCGCAAGGAAUAGCUGAAGAAACAUAUACGCCCGAAACCGAUCCAUCGACAACCUCGCAGCCUGGUGUAUGGACUUCGCUGAAAGAGAAGCUACAACAGAAGAGCCCCAUGGGGUUUACAACCACGUCUCAAUUCAACCCCGAGUCAGCAGCAGGACGCCGUCGUAUUGAGGAGCUACGUAAAGAAGCUGAGUUCAUGAAGGAGAGCCACAAGGACCGGUUGAAACUCAAUGUGAAGACGAUGAUUCCCCGGGAUAUGGACAUGUCACCAGUCGAGAAGACAAAGGCAAGAGCGGUUCCCAAACUAGCCUAUAAGCUGGAGAAGGUUCUCUUCAAUCCUGGGCCUUAUCAGCUUCAAGAUAGGCGUACCCAGGUUUAUAAUUUUGAUCCUUACCUGGGCACAAUUAUGCCAGUUAAAGAGUUCGAUUUCAACGCCUUGAAGGAAUAUGUGACUUCUUCAAAGGAUGAGACGUUAGCAGAGCUAACUGCGAAGCACAAAAAGAAGUACUGCGGUUCAACUUCAAGUAUGACAGCUAUGCUCUCGCACUUUCACUUCCUUCUGUCGGCUUGGAGACUACCAAACUUCGCCCACUUGUCAAAUUCUUUUCCAAUCGAGUAUGAAAACUUCACCGUGUUUACCCGGGCCCCAGUGGCUGCGUUUGCCCGGUAUAAAGAUGGGGUGUAUGCCAUCGACGCCGAUAAGGAGUUUGACACUGCGAGCAUCCUUAGCAUGCUGGGAAAGUCCAUGGAAAAGCUCCUGACUUUACCAAAGGACCAUUUCGAGAAGUAUAGGCGAACUCGUUCGCAUGAGCUCUCUGAGGAAGAGAAAAAUGCUGAUGAAGCCUUUCAUUACACCACAUUGGGAGAUUUCAUGAUGCGAUCACAGCUCGAUGCUUACGAUCCGAGGCUUCCCGGCAGUGGCGUCUUUGAUCUUAAAACACGUGCUGUAGUUACCAUCCGAAUGGACGUGGCAGACUACGAAAAAGGCGUUGGUUAUGAGAUUGAUUCCCGUUUUGGUGAAUGGAGUUCAUUCGAGCGCGAGUACUACGACAUGAUACGGGCAGCGUUUCUCAAGUAUUCUUUGCAGGUACGAAUGGGGCGGAUGGACGGCAUCUUUGUUGCUUUCCACAACACUGAGCGAAUUUUUGGGUUCCAGUAUAUCAGCCUCGAAGAGAUGGAUCACGCUAUCCAUGGAACGGCUAAUCGCAAAGUUGGUGACGGGGAGUUCAAAGCAAGUAUUGGUCUUUUGAACGAUCUCCUGGACCGAGCCUCAGAACGAUUCCCUAAACAAUCUCUGCGAAUACAUGUCGAAACACGACCGUUGGACCCCGCCGUAAUGUACUUUGUUGCUGAACCUGUCAGCGAUGAAGAGAUGCAGAAGACCCAGGACAAGGGCAAAGCAGCUGUCGAGAAACUUGAAAAGGAAAUCCUGGGCAUAACACGCCAGAAGAGUGAGGACCAAGACGCCAACCCUAUGGAAGAAGUCAGUCCCAUCAAAGACCAGGAAGACACAACGAACAGUACUCGAAGAUCUGCACCCGUUGCCGAACCGCAGAGGCAGAAAUCCUGGGAUGAGAUGAUGGCGAAGGUAGACCAGACCGUGGAGAACGAUGCUGCCGGGAUGGCUAAUGUUAGAAUUGCUAUCGAGCAAGCUAUUCGACACAGCGGCUUGCUUGCCACAAAAUCUAAGGAGGAGAGGCAGGCGUAUCUUGACGAACUUGUCGAGGCUUUGGGCAAGGAUUUGAGAGGUGGCAAGGAAGGCGCCAAUGGAUCCAAUGACGCUCUCAACAUUUCAGCAGAUGAACCAAGCGAGGUUUCUCAGGGUAGCAGUUCCACUACUGGCCUAGAAUCCGAGAAUGUCGAGUCUGACGAGGUCGUCUCCGAUCACGCCCAAAGCAGCGAAAUUGUGGUAGAUGAUACUGUUAAGGACGGUGCUUCUCUCAAAGAUCUCAUCCUCAAGGUUGCUGAAGGUGUCGAAAGCAAUACAAGCAACUUGGGAACUUUUGAGCGAGUUCUAUCAGAGCUGGUACGAGAACAGAAGCAGUUGAGUAAUGAGACGGAGGAAGACAACUUGGCCGACACCGAUGGUGUCCCUAUAGCGAUCACCGACGAUUCUUCUCUAACAGAAACGGCAACUCCUGGUCAAAACAAAACUACGCAGUCUGAACGAGGAGUAUUAGGCAUGUAUGUCACAGUCCGCAACAAAGUCGACGACAAGAUUGUAAAACGUGUUGAAAACCAAAACUUGGGAGAAGUACCCAACUGGACGUUAGAGUACGCAAUCACAGAGUUAUCGACAGACAAAGCGCGAAAGAUCUUGACCCAGAUCAAGGCCCGCAGAAGAGAGUUGAUGAAUGAUAAGAGCGACAAGCGCAGCAGACAGUGGUACAGACUAUGGAAUGGACAACUGCUGAAACGCACCAACGCGGGGAAGAAAACUAGGAAGAUGAUGACGGAGAGGGAGGAGAAAAGGGGUAUCAAGGUUGCGUGGAAAACCGGCAAGGCGCCGUCGAAGGAGGCUACAAGCUACAAGAAGGAGGCUACAAGCUACAAGAAGGAGGCUGCAGGCUACAAGAAGAAGCCUGCUGUACACAAGAAGAAGACUGCUGUACACAAGCCUGUACACAAGAAGAAGACUGCGUCCAAGAAGUCGAAACAAUCAUGA